CCUGGCUCCAAAACGACCACAAUUCCCCGGGAUGGUGCCGGUUGUGACCGUAACCCGGAGAAAAACGCGACUCCCUCUUCUCCUCCUCCGCUCUGUUCUCCUAAACCCUGCUCCUCGCCCCUGUGGCCCGUUCCCACCUCGUUCUCCCGCGCCCUCGGCCUUCUCCUUCUCCUCUCUCGCGUCACCCUCGUGUCGCCUCCCACCCUUUGGCGCCCAGCCCCAAAGCCCCAUCCUUUCCUCCCUCCGUCCCUCACCCGACACCAAUUCCAGCGAUUUCGAGUCCGAUUCCGACCAGCCUAAGACUCCCGUCGACGAAUCGGACCUCCAAGGCUUCUUCCAACUGCUCUCCCAGGCUAAGUCCCUGUCAUCCUCGCCCAAGGAGGCCUUGGCGUUUCUCCGGGCCUCCUCCGGCGUGAAGAUCACUAGGGAUUUGGUGUGCAAGGCGCUAUGGGAGCUGAGGUGGGAUUGGGAGUCUGCGCUCCUUGCCUUGCGGUGGGCCGAAGAGCAUGUCUUAGGUUGCCCGUGGGCUUGGCAUCUGAUGCUCUGGGUGCUGGGCAAGCAGGGGCGAUUCGACCUCGCGUGGUGGCUGGUGCGCCGGUUGUACCGGAAAUCGAUUCUAACCCAGCGAGCAAUGGUCAUCAUGAUGGAAAGGUAUGCAGCUGCAAAUGAUGCUAGAAAAGCAAUAAAAACAUUCCAUGCUAUGGAGACAUUCAGAAUAGAUGCAGACUUAGCAGCAUAUUAUGCCCUUCUUUGUGCUCUUUGCAAGAACAAGAAUGUUGAGGAGGCUGAGGAAUUUCUUCUUCUUAAUCGGAAAUUUUAUCCACUUACAGCUGACAACUUUAAUGUAGUUCUGGAUGGCUGGUGUAAUAUCAUUGGUGAUGUGGCAGAAGCAAAGAGAGUGUGGAGAGAAAUGUCAAACUGCUGCAUAACACCGAAUGGUACUACUUACUCUCAUAUGAUUUGUUGCUUUUCAAAAGUUGGGAACCUCUUUGAUUGUUUAAGGCUUUAUGAUGAAAUGAAGAAGAGAGGCUGGGUUCCUGAUCUUCUGGUCUACAAUUCCCUUAUCUAUGUGCUGACGAAAGAAAAUUGCUUAAAGGAUGCGAACAAUAUCUUUGAAAGAAUUACAGAGGCUGGCCUGCAACCAAAUGUUGAAACAUACAACUCUAUGAUAUAUCCAUUGUGUGAAGCACACAAGCUAGAGGAAGCUCGAGUGAUUCUGGAUGAAAUGAUGGUGAAAGGUUUUCACCCAAACAUUGAUACUUACCAUGCCUUCAUAAAGGCAGAGGAUGUAGAAGGAACCUUGAAGGUGAUGAAUAAAAUGAGAAUUGUUGGUUGUGGCCCUAAUGGAUAUACCUUCCUCCUACUUUUUGAUAAGUUUUUCAGCCUUGAUAAAUCUGACGGUGCAUUGAGAAUGUGGAGUGAAAUGAAGAGGUACAAUGUUGUUCCCGGCUCUGCACACUAUAUGGCAUUGGUACAAGGGCUGGCAUUGCAUGGCUGGAUUCCAAAAGCUUUAGAAUUUUACAAUGAAAUGAUAUCUAGGGGUUUUCCUGCUGAUCCUAAACUUGAGAAGCUCUUCAAGACCUUUAUGUCAAAGAAUAAAAACCACUGGAGCAGAGGAGGCAAAGAAUAUAUUGUCUCACGGCAUGGAAGAUUUAACAGUAUGGCAGGUGCAAAAAUUCGUUAAUUGGUCACUUGGCAUGGUUUGGUCACUUUGAGGUGAAUCCACCUAUUAUUUUGUUAUUAAAGAGGUCAAGUAUAAAGAAUUGAUUUCUGGUCCAAAUUGACAUAAGGAAGUAGUUAUGAUGGAGAUAAGGCAGAAAUUAGCCCUAGUCUCUAGCAUGUGGGACACAUUUGUUAGAGUUUUUCCUUAAGUUGUUACAUUAUAGUCUGGUAGUCAGAUCUUUUCGUUGUUGGUUACUGUGAAGUGGAAUCCUCCAGUUGAAAGCUAUGCACAAGUCUGGCUGAUGGAACUGCCCUGAUACUUCCAUUAUGAGGUGGUGCAUUAUGUUGAUGACUCUGAAUGCCUUGUAUGCCAGCUGCAGUUGUUAUUAAUCAUCACUUCAUUUGCCAUAGAAAUAGGCAGCUGUAGUACUUGCAAUGGACAUGCCUAUGCCACUGUUUCAGCACCAAGUGUCUGAUCCUUCUUGCUGGGGGCAAAUUGUGUGGCUAAAUCUUGAUCUUCUUGCUUAUGCUUGGUACAUCAGAACAUCAGAUGGAAGAAUUUAUGUAAUAUCCAAUUAAUUUCUGCGAAUUGUUCGGUCCAGAGCAAUGUGAUGAUUUAUGUUAAACUUGAGAAAUGUUUGAAGAUUUGAAUGCAGAUAUUCCACCAUUUCAUCUUUCCAGUGGGGGAAGGCAUAUUUAGCUUUCAGGUGUAUGAACCUUGUUAUGCACUAUAACAAAAGAGGAAAGUUGAUUCUUAGAUUGA